GUUUUAUACGGAAAGUGACAAGUGACGAGUGUCAGUAUAAUUUUUCUUGGAAUUGUUUCUAACCGAAAAAUUAAAGGUGAUAAGCAAAAACAAGCCUUUUUUUUUAGUAGAACUACGGUCUCUUAACCGUGACAAGAGUCCGAAAUAGAACUGGUACCAAUUGCAAUCUCAUUCCCAUUGUUUUGUUCCGUGGUAGCCAGAUAUUCUGAUCAUAUCCGUGCUUUGUGCAUCCAGCCGUGUUCUUAUUGUAUUAGCUGCCAUGUAUAUACAGUGGUACUUAUACUAGAGGAAAUCUUAAUUUUAAUGAAGCAACUGUGAUCACAGCAAAAUGUCUGUUAUGAAGCACGUUGCAGUGAAUCCUUGUCUCGAUGCUAAUGCAACGCUUGGAAUAGAUAAAGCGUGUUUUAGCAUUCUGAACGAAUAUAAUAGAUCUGUUACAUUGUUUUCUCAUUCAGCGGAUUGCUAUCUGUGCAAAGAUGUUCCAAGGGCUAUUUUACCAGCAGGAGAAAAUACCACGUUAGUCGUAUCUACGAAAUUUCCCUUGCACAUUUUUUACAAAGAUAAAGCUGAACUUUGUCACACAACAUAUGAUUUUAAAGAACAUGGAAGUUACGGAUGGAAUAUUUCUGCGGAGCAGCUUUGCUCGGACAUUUAUACCAUUCGUGAACCUAUUAACAGUUAUCUUCCAAUAUUUGCAGCUUUUAUGGUGUUUGUCCUGCUAACGAUUUUGUUUGCUACUGUUAAAUUUAUUAUACGUGUGGUAAAGGGAAAAUUAUCUCCAGAUAAUGUACAUGAUGAGUUGGACGAGCUUCAAGAAGCGGAGACGGCAAAUAUCAUGGUUAGGACAAACAGAUCUAGUACUAGGAUCCGAUCAGUCGAUACGUUCCGAGGGAUUGCUAUAUUAUUGAUGAUAUUUGUCAAUAACGGCGGUGGCCAGUAUAUGUUUUUCAAUCAUAGUGCGUGGAAUGGUCUGACAGUGGCCGACUUAGUGUUACCUUGGUUUGCGUGGAUCAUGGGAUUGUCGAUCACUAUAUCAAAGCGAUCAGAGCUUCGUGUGUCAAAUUCACGCGGAAAGAUUAUUUUGCGUUGCCUGCAGCGCACAAUUAUUCUCAUAUUUCUCGGAUUGAUGUUGAACUCAAUUUAUGCAAAGUCGCUAGAUGAUCUCCGGUUUCCUGGUGUUCUUCAGUUGCUGGCUGUUUCGUACUUCAUAUGCGCCACUAUUGAGACUGUAUUUAUGAAGACGCAUUCUCAGGAUGACGUGUUACAGUUUGGUCGAUUUACAAUCCUUCGAGAUAUCUUGAACAAUUGGGCACAGUGGUUGAUUAUUUUAGCGAUUUUGAUGACGCAUAUCCUAAUCACGUUUCUCCUGCCUGUCCCGAAUUGUCCAACAGGAUACUUGGGACCCGGUGGUUACCAUCAUUUCGGAGAAUUCGCUAAUUGUACUGGAGGCGCAGCCGGUUACAUAGACAGACUCGUGUUUGGCAGUCAUAUAUAUUCCAAAACACAAAAUCCUGUGUAUGGUACCCUCUUGCCUCAUGAUCCUGAAGGUAUAAUGAACACUAUAUCUAUGAUACUUGUUGUGUACUUGGGUGUCCAUGCUGGAAAGAUUUUAUUACUCUACUACCAAUGCAAUGCUAAAGUAAUACGCUGGUUACUGUGGUCAUUUGUCACCGGUCUUAUUGCUGGAAUAUUAUGUGACUUUGAUAAAGAAUUUGGAGUAAUACCAGUCAGCAAGAACAUGAUGUCGCUUUCAUUUGUUUUGACAGUAUCCUGUUUUGCAUUUUUAUUAUAUGCAAUCUUAUAUGUCUUUGUCGAUUAUAAACAAUAUUGGAGUGGUGCACCAUUUAACUACGCAGGUUUGAAUCCAAUUACUCUCUAUGUUGGACAUAUUGUCACCAGGGGCAUAUUUCCAUGGGCUUGGAAAUUGUCACAUGCUACGCAUUGGUCAGUUCUCGCUAUGAAUUUGUGGACCACAACGUUAUGGGGUGUUAUUGCAUAUUGGUUAUAUUUAAAAGACAUUAUUAUAUCUGUUUAAAAUUAAUAAUGUCAACGAUAUUAUUAAUGAUUUUAUCGUAAAGCAUCAUAAUCCUGCGUUUAAAGGAUUGAGUAUUAUUACUACACUUACAUUAUUGUUAAUGCAGAUAUAUACUUGCUUAUGAGACUGUGUGAUUUACGAAAUAAAAUUUCUAAAAUAAUAUGUUAAAUGA